GCCUCACACCGAUCAAACUCCAAAGUUUCACUUGGGCAAAGCUGACACUGACACGGGCACCAUGCAACCCGCUGCUCGCGCCACUGGGCUCAUGAGAGCUCAAGCUAAAGCUUUCGGGACCAAGGCGCUUCUAAACAGCCGAGUGCCCCAUAAGUCAAACGGGGUGCUCUCAGUACCCGGAAGGGCGCUCUCCAGCUCUCGCUUCAAUGUGCCUCCAAGCGCAGAAUUCGUCGCCAGGCCGGCUGGAAUCGCUUCGAUGUUCAAACUGCCGGUGAAGGAGUCUUCUACAGGACUGGACGCGGCUUUCGUGGGAAUCCCGCUGGACACCGGCACGUCUAACCGUCCCGGAGCGAGGUUUGGCCCUCGUGAGAUCAGAGCAGAGUCUUCAAUGUUGCGCGCCUACAAUGGUGGCACAAGGGCUGCACCUUAUGAGUCGCUGAUGGUGGCUGACAUUGGUGAUGUUAACGUCAACUUGUAUGACCUCAAGGACAGCUGCAAGAGGAUACAAGAUGCAUACAAGAAGAUCAUCGCCAAUGGCUGUAUUCCUUUAACUCUUGGUGGCGAUCACACAAUCUCAUAUCCGAUUCUGCAGGCUGUUGCUGAAAGAUAUGGCCCAGUUGGCUUGGUACACGUUGAUGCCCAUGCAGACACUGGAGAUGUCACUCUUGGUGAGAAGAUUGCUCAUGGUACUCCAUUCCGCCGCUGUGUAGAAGAGGGCCUGCUGGACUGCAAGCGUGUAGCACAGAUUGGACUACGGGGAUCAGCCUACACACCAGAUGCUUAUGAGUAUAGCAGAAGUCAGGGGUUCCUGGUAAUCCAAGCACAGGAGUGCUGGCUAAAAUCUUUGACUCCCCUGAUGGAACAGGUCCGGAAGCAGAUGGGAGAUGGUCCUGUCUACCUUAGUUUUGACAUUGAUGGUUUAGAUCCAGCUUUUGCUCCUGGCACAGGAACUCCUGAGAUUGCAGGCCUUACUCCAGUGCAGGCUCUGGAGAUCAUCCGUGGCUGCCGAGGCAUGAACCUUGUAGGCUGUGACCUGGUGGAAGUGGCUCCCGCUUAUGACCUUACUGGAAACACGGCUCUAACUGCAGCAAAUCUUCUCUUUGAAAUGAUGUGUGUCCUUCCUAAGGUCAAGUACUACUAAUGCUUUAGGAUGACUUUACUGAUUAAAAAUUCCUGUUCCAUUUUA